CGUAAGAGAAGGAGCUUCUUCUGGAACUGGAGAAGAAGGCACCACCCCUCUUCUGAGGCAAUCUUACCCGUCCCUUUCUCAUUCCACCACCCCAGGCCUAAAGCAGGUGAUCUGAUAAGAUGUGGUAGUUUUAAGCACUCUGCUGAGAAAAGAACGCUCAACCGGUCAGUAACCAGAGGCCUCCUACAGAUAUAGCAGCAUCGUGGUGUCUUCAGAGACACCUUGAGCUACGCAUUAUCACACACGCUUUGAGUCACUUUGCAGAAGAUUCAGAAUGUCUGAUUCCACCUCCAUUAUGGAGUUUAGCAGGACGCAUCAAGCUUUCCGAGACCGCUGGGCAAAGACGGAUGAUGAGAUGUGCAAGCACAGUAUGUCUUUCCACUUGCACAAUACUCUGAGGAAGGAGUUCUUCGCCAGCUACCUGUACCUCCUGGAGCAGAUUCCUCUGGUAAAACUCUAUGCCGUGACUUGUGAGUACAUUAAAGGGGAGAAGCAGUUUUACUACAGGGCACAGAACUUCUACAAGGAUGUCCCGGCAUCAGAGGAGGGCAUGAUGGGAGACUUUGUGGAGAUAUCAGAGAUCGACCUUGAAGGCUCAAGACAGUUCCUGAAAAAGUUUGUUGGUCCAGGAAAGGCUGGCACCAAGCGGGCACUAGACUGCGGCUGUGGAAUCGGGAGGGUGUCUAAAGGAGUUCUGUUUCCUGUGUUUGAAUCCAUGGAGAUGCUUGACAUGAUGGAAGAGUUCAUCCUCCACGCUCAUGAGGUUUACCUCGGAGAUUACGCAGACCGAGUGGAGGCCUACUACCUUUACAAUCUGCAGGAAUUCAGCCCACCUACAAAGAGAUACGAUGUCAUCUGGCUGCAGUGGGUUGCCUGUCAUCUUACUGAUAAGGACCUGGUGGAGUUUUUAAUGCGUGCUAAGCAGAGCCUGAGGCCCAACGGUGUGAUCUUCAUUAAGGAUAACAUGGCGCGGCAGGGAUGCAAGCUGGACCCCAUUGACAGCAGCAUCAUUCGCCACCUGGACAUCAUGAAGAACAUCAUUCAGACAGCAGGCCUCACCAUACUGGACGUGGAAAAGCAGGAAGGUUUUCCUGAGGCUAUCGUGCCUGUAUGGAUGAUCGCCAUGCGCUAAAGGAAAGAAUUUUUUUAGAUGGAUAUGUUGUACAUGCACUUAUGUAUAGUA